AUGCAGCCCCCUCCACUGCUGCUGCUGUCGCUGCUGCUGUGUUUCUCAAUUAUUAUGAGCAGAGGGCUGCAGUGCGGGAGCCUCCCAGAACCCUGUGCCAAUGGAGGCACCUGCCUGAGCCUGUCUCAGGGGCAAGGGACCUGCCAGUGUGCCCCUGGCUUCCUGGGUGAGACGUGCCAGUUUCCUGACCCCUGCCAGGAUGUCCAGCUCUGCCAGAAUGGGGGCAGCUGCCAAGCCCUGCUUCCCACCCCCCUGGGUUCCACUAGCCCCCCCUCCCAAUCGGCCCCCAGCUUCCUCUGCAGCUGCCCCCCUGGCUUCACUGGCAAGAGGUGCCAGGCCCAGCUCAAAGACCCCUGUCCUCCCUCCUUCUGUUCCAAAAGGGGCCACUGCCAAAUCCAGGCCUCAGGCCUCCCGCAAUGCUCCUGCCUGCCUGGAUGGACAGGCGAGAAGUGCCAGCUUCGGGACUUCUGCUCAGCCAAUCCCUGCAUCAAUGGAGGGGUGUGCCUGGCCACAUACCCCCAGAUCCAGUGCCGCUGUCCACUUGGCUUCGAGGGUCAUACCUGCGAACAUGAUGUCAAUGAGUGCUUCCUGGACCCAGGACCCUGUCCCAAGGGCACUUCCUGCCACAACACCCUGGGCUCCUUCCAGUGUCUCUGCCCUGCAGGGCAGGAGGGUCUACACUGUGAACUCCAUGCGGGACCCUGCCCCCACAGGGGCUGUCCGAAUGGGGGCACCUGCCAGCUGGUACCAAAGGGAGACUACAGCUUUCACCUCUGCCUCUGCCCCCCAGGUUUCACAGGCCCAGACUGUGAGGUGAAUCCAGACAACUGUGUUGGGCACCAAUGUCAGAAUGGGGGCACCUGCCAGGAUGGGCUGGGCACCUACACCUGCCUCUGCCCAGAGACCUGGACAGGCUGGGAUUGUUCCGAAGAUGUGGAUGAAUGUGAGACUCAGGGUCCCCCUCGCUGCAGAAAUGGGGGCACCUGCCAGAACUCUGCUGGCAGCUUUCACUGCGUGUGUGUGAGCGGCUGGGGGGGCAUGGGCUGUGAGGAGAACCUGGACGACUGUGCUGCUGCCACCUGUGCCCCAGGAUCCACCUGCAUUGACCGUGUGGGCUCCUUCUCCUGCCUCUGUCCACCUGGACGCACAGGCCUCCUGUGCCACCUGGAAGACAUGUGUCUGAGCCAGCCAUGCCACGGGGAAGCCCAGUGCAGCACCAACCCCCUGACAGGCUCCACACUCUGCCUGUGUCAGCCCGGCUACUCAGGGCCCACCUGCCACCAGGACCUGGACGAGUGCCAGAUGGCCCAGCAAGGUCCCAGUCCCUGCGAACAUGGCGGCUCCUGCCUCAACACCCCUGGCUCCUUCAACUGCCUCUGUCCACCUGGCUACACUGGCUCCCGCUGCGAGGCUGAUCACAAUGAGUGCCUGUCCCAGCCCUGCCACCCAGGCAGCACCUGCCUGGACCUACUUGCCACCUUCCACUGCCUCUGCCCACCAGGCUUAGAAGGACAUCUCUGCGAGGUGGAGACCAAUGAGUGUGCCUCCGCUCCUUGCCUGAACCAUGCUGACUGUCACGACCUGCUCAACAGCUUCCUGUGCAUCUGCCCACCCGGAUUCACCGGCACCCGGUGUGAGGAGGACAUGGACGAAUGCAGAAGCUCACCCUGUGCCAACGGCGGGCAGUGUCAGGACCAGCCUGGAGCCUUCCAUUGUGUGUGUCUUCCAGGUUUUGAAGGGCCACGCUGUGAGACAGAGGUGGACGAGUGCCUGAGUGGCCCAUGCCCCAUUGGAGCCAGCUGCCUUGACCUCCCAGGAGCCUUCUUUUGCCUCUGCCCCUCUGGCUUCACAGGCCAGCUCUGUGAGGUUCCCCUGUGUGCCCCCAACCUGUGCCAGCCCACAAAGCAAUGCCAGGAUCAGGAAGAAAAGGCCCACUGCCUCUGCCCUGAUGGAAGCCCUGGUUGUGCCCCUGCUGAGGACAAUUGCACCUGCCACCAUGGGCACUGCCAGAGAUCUUCAUGUGUGUGUGAUGUGGGCUGGACAGGGCCAGAGUGUGGGGCAGAGCUGGGCGGCUGCAUCUCCACGCCCUGUGCCCAUGGGGGGACCUGCUACCCCCAGCCCUCUGGCUACAACUGCACCUGCCCCACAGGCUACACAGGUCCUACCUGUAUUGAGGAGGUAACAGCUUGUCACUCAGGGCCCUGUCUCAAUGGUGGCUCCUGCAGCCCCAGCCCUGGAGGCUACUCCUGCACCUGCCCUCCAAGCCACACAGGGCCCCACUGCCAAACCAGUACUGACCACUGUGUGUCUGCCCCGUGCCUCAAUGGGGGUACCUGUGUGAAUGGGCCUGGCACCUUCUCCUGCCUCUGUGCCAUGGGCUUCCAGGGCCCACGCUGUGAGGAAAUGAUCCUCCCCAGCUGUGCAGACAGCCCCUGUAGGAACAGGGCGACCUGCCAAGACAGCCCUCAGGGUCCCCACUGCCUCUGUCCCCCUGGCUACACAGGAGGCAGCUGCCAGACUCUGAUGGACUUAUGUGCCCAGAAGCCCUGUCCACACCACUCCCACUGCCUCCAGACUGGGCCGUCCUUCCAGUGCCUGUGCCUCCAGGGAUGGACUGGGCCACUCUGCAACCUCCCACUGUCCUCCUGCCAGAAGGCUGCGCUGAGCCAAGGCAUAGAUGUCUCUUCCCUGUGCCAGAAUGGAGGCCUCUGCAUCGAUAGCGGCCCCUCCUAUUUCUGCCACUGCCCUCCUGGAUACCAAGGCAGCUUAUGCCAGGACAAUGUGAACCCUUGUGAGUCCAGGCCUUGCCAGCACGGGGCCACCUGCGUGGCCCAGACCAAUGGGUAUCUCUGCCAGUGCGCCCCAGGCUACAAUGGACAGAACUGCUCAAAGGAACCCGACCCUUGUCAGUCCCAACCCUGUCACAACCAUGGAACCUGCAUCCCCAAACCUGGAGGCUUUGACUGUGCCUGCCCUCCAGGCUUUGUGGGGCUGCGCUGUGAGGGGGACGUGGAUGAGUGUCUGGACCGGCCCUGUCACCCCGCAGGCACUGCAGCCUGCCAUUCUCUGGCCAAUGCCUUCUACUGCCAGUGUCUACCUGGACACACAGGCCAGUUGUGUGAGGUGGAGAUAGACCCCUGCCAGAGCCAGCCCUGCUCCCAUGGAGGGUCCUGUGAGGCCACAGCAGGACCACCCCCAGGUUUCACCUGCCACUGUCCCAAGGGUUUUGAAGGCCCCACCUGCAACCACAGAGCCCCUUCCUGCGGCCUCCAUCACUGCCAUCACGGGGGCCUGUGUCUGCCAUCCCCCAAGCCAGGCUUCCCACCCCGCUGUGCUUGCCUCAAUGGCUAUGGGGACCCUGACUGCCUGACCCCACCAGCUCCUCAAGGCUGUGGCCCCCCCUCCCCAUGCCUACACAAUGGCAGCUGUUCAGAGACCCCUGGGUUGGGGAGCCCAGGCUUUCGAUGCUCCUGCCCUCCCAACUCUCCAGGGCCCCGGUGUCAAAGGCCUGAGGCAAAGGGGUGUGAGGGCAGAGAUGGAGAUGGGGCCUGUGAUGCUGGCUGCAGCGGCCCAGGAGGAAACUGGGAUGGAGGGGACUGCUCCCUGGGGGUCCCAGACCCAUGGAAGGGCUGUCCCUCCCACUCCCGGUGCUGGCUUCUCUUCCGGGAUGGGCAGUGCCACCCACAGUGUGACUCUGAAGAAUGUCUGUUUGAUGGCUAUGACUGUGAGAUCCCUCAAGUCUGCACUCCAGCCUAUGACCAGUACUGCCGCGACCACUUCCACAACGGGCACUGCGAGAAAGGCUGCAACACCGCAGAAUGUGGCUGGGAUGGGGGUGACUGCAGGCCCCAAGAUGGGGACUCAGAGUGGGGACCCUCCCUGGCCCUACUGGUGGUGCUGAGCCCCCCGGCCCUGGACCAGCAGCUGCUUUCCCUGGCCCGAGUGCUAUCCCUGACUAUGAGGGUGGGGCUCUGGGUGAGGAAGGAUAGUGAUGGCAGGGACAUGGUAUACCCCUAUCCUGGGGCCCGGGCUGAAGAGGAGCUAGGAGGAAUUCCAGACCCCUCUCAUCAGGAGAGAGCAGCCCCUCAAACACAGCCCCUGGACAGGGAGACAGAUUCUCUCAGCACAGGGUUUGUGGUGGUGAUGGGUGUGGAUCUCUCCCACUGUGGCCCCGACCAACACACAUCUCGCUGCCCCUGGGACCCUGGGCUCCUGCUUCGCUUCCUUGCUGCGAUGGCCGCAGUGGGGGCCCUGGAGCCCUUGCUCCCUGGACCCCUGCUGGCUGCCCACCCUCAUGCAGGCACCGUGCCCACCACCAACCAGCUCCCCUGGCCUGUGCUGUGCUCGCCAGUGGCUGGCGUGCUUCUCCUGGCCCUAGGGGCUCUUCUUGUCCUCCAACUCAUCCGGCGUCGACGCCGAGAGCAUGGAGCCCUCUGGCUGCCCCCUGGUUUCACUCGAAGGCCUCAGACUCAGGCAACUCCCCACCGACGCCGGCCCCCAUUAGGCGAGGACAGCAUCGGCCUCAAGGCACUGAAGCCAGAGGCAGAAGUUGAUGAGGAUGGAGUUGUGAUGUGCUCAGGCCCCGAAGAGGGGGAGGAGGUGGGUCAGGAGAAAGGGCUGGGACAGGAAUGGGCCCCACCCUCCAAGUGCCAGCUCUGGCCUCUGAGUAGCAGCUGCGGGGAGCUCCCUCAGGCAGCCAUGCUGACUCCUCCCCAGGAGUCUGAGAUGGAGUCCCCUGAUGUUGACACCCGUGGACCUGAUGGGGUGACACCUCUGAUGUCAGCAGUCUGCUGUGGGGGAGUGGACUCCAGGACCUUCCAGGAAGCAUGGUUGGGAAGUCCUGAGCCCUGGGAACCUCUGCUGGAUGAAGGGGCCUGCCCUCAGGCUCAUACUGUGGGCACUGGGGAGACUCCCUUACAUCUGGCUGCCCGAUUUUCCCGGCCAACUGCUGCCCGCCGCCUCCUUGCAGCUGGAGCCAACCCCAACCAGCCAGACAGGGCAGGGCGAACCCCCCUACACGCUGCUGUGGCUGCAGAUGCUCGGGAGGUCUGCCAGCUCCUACUGCGCAGCAGACAGACUGCAGUGGAUGCGCGCGCAGAGGACGGGACAACACCCUUGAUGCUGGCCGCGAGGCUGGCGGUGGAAGACUUGGUUGAAGAACUGAUUGCAGCCCGAGCAGAUGUGGGGGCCAGAGAUAAAUGGGGAAAAACUGCGCUGCACUGGGCCGCCGCCGUGAACAACGCCCGGGCCGCCCGCUCCCUUCUCCAGGCCGGAGCCGAUAAAGAUGCCCAAGACAACAGGGAGCAGACGCCGCUGUUCCUGGCGGCCCGGGAAGGAGCGGUGGAGGUAGCACAGCUGCUGCUGGGGUUGGGGGCGACCCGAGGGCUGCGGGACCAAGCUGGGCUGGCGCCUCGGGACAUCGCCCGCCAGAAGAACCACUGGGAUCUGCUGCCGCUGCUGGAAGGGGCGGUGCCACCGGACGCGCGUCACAAAGCUGCGCCGAGCCGCGAGGCCGGGGCCUUCCCGCGCGCGCGGGUCGCGUCAGGAAGCGCGCCCCCGCGUGGGGGCGGGGCUCUGCCGCGCUGCCGGACUAUGUCAGCCGGAGCAGGCCCUCGUGAGGGCGGAGCUUGUCUGCAAUCUCGGACUUUGUCGGUAGACUUGGCCGCUCGCGGGGGCGGGGCCUAUUCGCAUUGUCGGAGCCUACCCGGAGGAGGCCCGCUCCCCCGCGGCCGUAGGUUUUCUGCAGGCAUGCGUGGGCCUCGGCCCAACCCUGCGAUUGUGCAAGGAAGAUCUGGGGUCGCGGCCAGGCGCGGGGGCAGGGUUUCAGCGGAUGACAGGCCCUGUGAUUGGGUAGCCCUGGGAGCCUGCUGUCCCGCCUCCAAUACUUCGAUCCCGCCUCUUUGCCUUACCCCAGAGCGGGGAUCCCCUCAAGUUGUCUGGGGUCCCCCAACCCAAGUAAUGCCCUUAAAUCCGGGAGGAGAGGGUCAAAAAUAGAAAGCUACGGGGGGAAAGAGGAGGGCGGGUAUUCUAAAAAUGAUUAUCUAUUAAAUGACAGCCAGUCUGGAAGGUCCUCCGGGUUUUAAAAUCUAGCCCCAAAAGUGGGUCGAAAAUGUAGUUUUUCUCCCCAAAUGAGUGUAUUCCCACUAGAACAGGCAUCAUCUUCCAUGCGGAGAAGCCGCAGUUCUGGAAAAGAGGGUUUAGGAUGCUGGAAUGAGGCAGGCCCAGUUCCUCUCCCUGAAAAUAAGUGGAGUAAGAGAACUAACACUAAACUGGAACCAAGAACUGCAGGCAAAUAGGAUGUAAGAUGUUCUUUCCUGUAUAUGGUUCCCAAAAUGAGCCUCUAUCAUCCAUUGUCCCUACUGCCCACAGCCAACAAAUAUUUAUUGAGCACCUACUAUGUGCCAAGCACUGUGUAUAUGCUGAAGGGUGGCCAAGGACCACUCCAGCUGAUGACUCCUUACAUUUCCCUGCCCCACAACAAAGAAACGCCACUGCAGGGAUGAAACGCCACUCUUCUAGCCACUGUUAUCUCUGUUUAAAAACCCCAAAUCAGUCAUCCAUAAUAAAGCUGAUUUGAAGUGUUA